AUGACGGAAGCAUGGCCGCCCGUGUUGUCUAGUGCCUCAAUGGACCCAGCACAUUGGGCGUAUCACGCUGAAGGAGCAGCCAAUAUGCUUGUGAGAUAUGUUGGUCCACACAUGUGGCCUUUUUGGAAUACCCAAGGCGGUGACGAGGUAAUGGUACUGCGCAUUCCAAAAAAAAUCCAUGCAUCAGACGCAGAGCAGGUACCAGCCGCAGAUAUAUUUCUAUCCCAAGUCCUUGUGCAUGUGCUUCCUUCUUCCUCUCUCCCGUGCAUGCGUCGCUUAGAUAUGGACACUAGUUGGCUUCCCUUUCUACAGGCGCUAGCUGACAAAUGUGAGCCGGUUCGACCCAUAUUCCGAAAAGCUGCAGGAGGUAUGGACAUGUCGACCCCACAUAUCUGGAUGAUGCGGGAUGAUAGUCGACCUCUCCCCCAAUCACGACUUGUGGUGGAAAUUAAGCCAAAAUGCGGCUAUCUUCCCUCGCUUCCAACGACUCGAUACCCCUGCAAGGCCAGCAUGCCAAAGUGCCACAUACAAAAGUUAUACCAACUCGGCCAGAAGGCGCAGGAUGCUGACACACAUGAAUGGUAUAAUCCUCUCGACCUGUUUAGUGGUGAUGAAGGGAAAAUUCAACGCGCGGUCAAUGCCUUAUUGGACGACUGGACGCAUGGUUCAGGGUAUUUGCACAUGUUCGUGGACGGCGCUCGCAUGUCUUUCGGCGACAUUCAGGAGCACAUACCGUGGCUUCAGGUACCAAGACGUCUGUCCUGGCGCAUCGCGCAAAUUCUCACAGAGAAUCGACAUCUUCUCCAUACCCUUGCUCAUCAGCAACAACGCCUAGAUCCCUACGACAUUGAAGGCAUUGCACAGUUAUGGCACGCACGCACAGGCAAACCGCUGAAUUCGACACCCGUCGAAGAGCUUCCGCGCAUCACCCUGGCUGACUAUGCAUUUGUGGCAGCAAACUCUGUCCCCGUUGUUUCCUCCGACAAGGACAUGCACUACGUGAUGGCAGCGUAUUUACUUGCGGCUACAUUGAAAGAUGUCACCCUCUUUAUACCACUCGAUGAUGUCGAAGGCACGCCAAUGUAUCGUGCCAAUCCAAUUGGCGCACGCAUUGUGGAUUUGGAUGCUAAACGUCCAUCCAAGCUAUGUCAGCAUGCGCGAAAAGAUGCUGCUAUGUCAGCCUUUGUUCAUUGUCUCGCCCCGGAUCAGCGUUGCGCCACAUACCUCCGACGCGUCUGA